UCCCCGGGGCGUGUCCCGGUGCCGUGGGCGGGCCGCGCCGAGGCCGCCAUGGCGCUGAGCGGGGCCCUGGCGCUCCGUGUCGCCUACGCGUCCUUCGGCGCCGUGAGCGGCCUCUCGGCCUUCUGCGCCUGGAGCGUCGUGCCCGCGCUGCGCCAGCCCGGCACGGCUGCGGCCGGCGGGCUCUCGGGUGUGCUGGCGCUCUGGGCCCUAAUCACGCAUGUGAUGUACCUGCAGGAUUACUGGAGGACCUGGUUAAAAGGGCUGAGGUUCUUCCUCUCCGUCGGGAUCCUCUUCUCUGCCCUCUCCGGGCUGGGCUUCUGCGCCUUCCUGGCCCUGGCCAUCACCCAGCACCAGUCCCUGACUGACCCCCAGAGCUAUUACCUGUCCUGCGUGUGGAGCUUCAUGGCGCUGAAGUGGGCGCUGCUGCUCAGCCUCUACUCGCACCGCUACCGCGCCGAGUUCGCCGACAUCAGCAUCCUCAGCGACUUCUGAGCCUCCCAGAAAGGUGUGAGAGGCGUGGGCACGGGGCCGGAGCCCCUCCCGGGGCUGGCUGUCCGUCCGUCUGUCCGUCUGUCUGUCCGCACAGAGGGGCUUUUCCUGCUGGCUUUUCCUCGCUCGUCGCUGCUGGUUCUGGGAGGAGGGAGGGAGGGAGGGAGGGGAAGGGCUCCCGGAGCAUUCUGUGGUGCCACAGGGGUGGCAGUCCCCACCUUGUCACUGCCCUGCUCCUGUGUCACGUCUGUGCUCCGGGGGAAGGGCCCAGCUCAGCUCCCAGCCAGCUCCUGCCUCUCCAGGGCUUUGGGGUUUGGGGCCGCCGAGGAGCACAGCUGAUCCCAAAGCUGGGAAUGCUGCCCCUGGCAGAGCACAGCUGAUCCCAAAGCUGGGAAUGCUGCCCCUGGCAGAGCACAGCUCAUCCCAAAGCUCAUCCCAAAGUUCCCAGGGCUGGGAAUGCUGCCCCUGGCAGAGCACAGCUGAUCCCAAAGCUGGGAAUGCUGCCCCUGGCAGAGCACAGCUGAUCCCAAAGCUCAUCCCAAAGUUCCCAGGGCUGGGAAUGCUGCUCCUGGCUGCUCCCCAGGCUGGUUUUCAAAAGGAGUGGGAUCCCGUGUUUAACCAUAAAUGCUGUUUAUUUAACGCUUGAAGUUGCAGCAGCAGGUGUGUGGGGAAAAGGUGUUUGGGGGAAAGGGGUGCAGGGCCAGGGCCUGCCCUGCCUGAGCCUCAGGGAGAGGAUUCCUGGGGAAAAAAACAGAGAAAAAAUGUUUUUUGUGGAAGCAGAAGGAGAGGGGAGGGGACAGGGGCUGCUCAGGUGACCCCAUGGGUUGAGGAGCACCUUUGGGGUGAGGCUGUGACGUGCUGGAGUCCCUAACCCCAGCCCCUGGGCCACGUUGUAGCCCUGGAGUCCCCACCCCACAUGCCAGCUUUUUAAAGGAUGCUGUGUGUAAAUAUUCCCUCUAUUUUUACAUGGAUUCCUCCUGGUUUGCACCUCGGGGGUGCCGCGGUCGGUGCCACCCUUGCUGUCACCCUGUGCCACCACAAAUACAGCCCUCCCUCACCA